GCGCGGCGCAGGCGCCCGCCAGUGCGGGGCCCUCCCGCCGAGGCGACUCCGGCCAGCAGCCCACCGCGGGGGGGGGACGCCCGCCUCGCGAGGAGGCAUACUCUGCGGGAGCUCGCGAGGGGCCAAAAGUGUCGACCAGCGGAGGAGGCCACCGCGUGCCAAGUGCCGGGCUGGAGAGGGCCCUUGUGCGAGGUGGGGUCGGCGUGGAGGGCCCGGGCUCUCAGGUGAUAUGGCCCAGCUCUGCACGGGGAGGGUCGACUUCGGGGGGAGGCAAACCACGCAGCUUCGGCUUCCGGAGCUGUGCUGGCAGGGGGUGGGCCGUUUCUUCGCCACGCGGCAGCAGCGGUGGCCCCACGAGGGCGACCGCAGCGUCACAGCGCCGACACGGCUCGCGGUCUGCAGCGCUUCCGAGACAGCCUCCUCGGGCACUGGCGCGGCCUGGGCGCCGUCGGCCUCGGCGACAGCAUCUCGCCGGCGCAGCUGCUUCCCAUGCUCGAGGACGUCAAGGCGUGCGCUCAAGAUCAGCAGUACUGGCAGGUCAACAUCGAGGCAGUCGCUGCCCUCGAGGGCGACGGGGCGGGCGUGCAGCCCUGCGACCUGGCAGACGCCAUACACUGUUGGCUGACCGAGAUCGUCGAGGGCGCUCCGGAGGCCGCGCGGGCCGCCGACGCGCCGGGCGAUGCCUGCGGCGCCCAGCCGCCCGAGGCCCCGUCGCUCACGGCGGCCCGCCAGGCGGCCCCGCCGCUCUCGCCGCCGGCGACGCCCGCGCUGGAGGCGCACAGCCGCAGCCACAGCCCGCACAGCCACAGCCCGCACAGCCACAGCCCGCCUGGCCGCGGCAAGCAGCGUUCUAGCUGCCUGGCAGCGCCCUCGCCCGGCGGCAGGCUCAGCACCUCGUCGGACUGCGCUGGCGGCAGCAUCUCGAAAGAGCUGCACCGCUCGUACGAGCUCAUCGAGGCCCUGCGCGGCCUCCUGGACAUGCGGAGCUCCAGGGCGCGCCGGGCCCUGGAGGAGCUGCUGGGGCUACAGAGCUCUCUGGGGCGGCAGCUGCACGGCCAGGACUCCGAGAUCAGCAGGCUCCGGGAGAGCAGCGAGGUGCUCCGGCAACAGCGGCAGGACCUCGAGGCGGAGCUGCUGCGGCAGGUGGAGGCCGCCGAGGGACACAGCGACGCGGCCGCGGAGGCGGACAUGCAGAGGCGUCGCGCGGACGCCCUGGAGCGCGAGGUCCUGGACAUCAAGGAGCACUACGAGCAGAGCUGCAAGGAGGUACAGCAGCUGCAGGCCCAGGUCUGCGAGGCAGAGCGCCUGCAGGCGGACGUCCAGCGGCGGGAGGCGACGUGGGGCCACCGCUGCGAGCAGCUCGAGCAGGAGACCGAGAGGACGGACGGUCACCGCCAGUGGAUGCAGGCCGAGCUCUCGCGCCAGGGAUCGCAGCUCGCUGGCGCG